GUAGCCCCUUGAGAAAAAGAGACCUUACGUCAAAACCAGGACGUGAAUUGUGUGGGCUCCUUAUGUCACCUCCCUCCUUCCUUGUUCCCAGGUAAGGUCAAGGGGACCGAGCUGACGGAGGAGGCGGAAAAGGAAGAUCGACAAUUCCCCAGGAAGACAUGGCCGGCAAGGAGAGCGAGCUGUGCGACAGCCUCAUACUCUGGCUGCAGACAUUCGACACGGCAGCUCCUUGUAAGAAUAUCCAAGACCUCUCCAGCGGCGUCACCAUGGCACAAAUACUCCACGAAAUAGACAGCGCGUGGUUUGAUGAAACCUGGUUAACCCGCAUUAAAGACGACGUUAAGGACAAUAAAAGGAUAAAGAUCAAUAACCUGAAGAAGAUUUUGCAGGGAAUCGUCGAUUAUUACCGCGAGUUUCUAGAUCAGAACAUUUCGGAAUAUCUGCUUCCCGAUCUGAAUCAAAUAGCAGAGCGUUCAGAUCCUACAGAGAUGGGACGCCUGCUCCAGCUCGUUCUAGGCUGCGCUAUUAACUGCGAAAAGAAACAAGAGCACAUUCAGACAAUAAUGACGCUGGAGGAGUCGGUGCAGCACGUCGUAAUGACCGCUAUUCAGGAGCUGAUGAGUAAAGACACCGUGGACUCCCCGUCUCUGGACUUAUCUGGGGAUCUGGAACACCAGCUGAAAAGAACCCAUGAACUUCUUCAGGAAGCGCAGGCAGAGAAAGAAGAGCUAAAACUCCGAUGCCAAGAACUAGAUUUACAGGUGGCGGCUCUCCAGGACGAGCGGAACAGCCUGUUGGCAGAAAACGAGCUUCAGAACGAAAAAAUAAACCAGUUGGAUAACUUUGAUGAACCCAGCACGGUGGUGGCAAAGAAGUGCUUUCAGAUGCAGAUGCAGCUGGAACAGAUACAAGAGGAGAAUUUCAGACUCGAAGCCGCGAAAGAUGAUUACCGCGCUCACUGCGAGGAGCUCGAAAAACAGCUGAUUGAGACACAAAACAGAAACGACGAGCUGGCGAGUCUCGCAGAAGAAUCAAGAGCGCUGAAAGACGAAAUAGAUAUUUUAAGAGCUGCUGCCGAUAAGGCAGCGAAACUGGAGUCCACCCUGGACUCGUACCGGAAGAAACUGGAGGAUCUCAACGACUUACGCCGGCAAGUGAAAUCGCUGGAGGACACCAAUCUGAUGUACAUGCACAACACAGUGAGCCUGGAAGACGAGCUAAAGAAGGCAAACGCUGCUCGGGCACAGCUGGAAACGUACAAGAGGCAGGUUCAAGAUCUUCAUAGCAAGCUUUCCCAGGAAUCCAAGCGAGCCGAUAACCUGGCCUAUGAGCUGAAGCGAUUCGAAGAGAAGCAAGAGGCUUUACAGAAGGAGAAAGAGAGAAUUAUAGUACAGCGCGAUGCCUUGAAAGAGACCAACGAGGAGCUGAGAUGUUCCUUAAUGCAACAGGACCAACUUAAUCACUCAGGUGAAUCCGGUGUGAAAAAUACGGACAAUCUCGCUGCGGAACUUUUACCCGUAGAAUAUCGAGAGAUGUUUAUAAGACUCCAGCAUGAAAAUAAAAUGCUCCGGGUGCAGCAGGAUGGCUCGGAAAACGAGCGGAUCGCGGAUUUGCAGGUUCAGCUGGAAGAAAAGCAGCGUAAGACGAGCGAGCUGGAAACGGAGAACAGAUUGAACCUGAACCGCAUCGAGGAGCUGCAGCUUCAGAUCGCCGACCUGCAGAAGACUUUGCAGAGCGAAGGAGAAUCCGAGGGCGCCGGAUCCAACAUGCUCAAGAAGAAGAUUGAAGCCCAAAUGGAAAAACUUAAGGAAGUUCAUGACGCGAUAGAGACCAAAAAGGAACUUCUGGAUGACCUGCAGCCGGACGUGAAUCAGGACACUCAAAAGGUGGAGGAACUCGAGACAGCCCUGCGGAAGAAAGACGAGGACAUGAAAGCCAUGGAGGAACGCUAUAAGAUUUACCUGGAGAAAGCACGGAAUGUCAUUAAGACGUUGGAUCCUAAAUUGAACCCGGCCUCGGCUGAGAUAAUGCAACUAAGAAAGCAGCUCACUGAAAAAGACCAGAAGAUAUCCCGUUUGGAGAGCGAGUGUCAACAAGCAAAGCUGCGGGAAUACGAGGAGAAGUUAAUAGUCACCGCCUGGUACAAUAAGAGCAUCGAGCACCAAAAACUCGCCAUGGAGUCCCGCUUAGCUGGCAGAGGAGGAAAGGAUUCUGUGCCGGGAUCCGGGGGGAGAUCUUUCCUCGCCCAGCAGCGGCACGUCACUAACGCAAGAAGGAACAUUUCCGUGACUGUUCAUCCCGCGACUCCUAACUAGACGUGGGGAUCGCGCAUGACCACUAAGUGCACUUCGACGUAAUUCCUCGCAUCUUCCGCGCGACGCCAUGAGAGAGAGAGACUGACGCAGACCAUCGACAAUCCCGCCAUUCCUACCCCGCACUGCACGGGGCUCGUAAAACACCAUUUGGCUUAUUUUUUUAAAAAAGCUUCAAAAUUCAAGAAUUUUUAAAAUAUAUAUAUUUAUGUCAUAGUUUAUAUAUGUGAAAAGACAAAAAAAAUGUUUUAUUGGACAUCCGCAGAUCAUUUAGAAAAAUGUAUUCUAGUUUUAACGUCCGCACUGCUGCUCGGGGUGAAGCUCUUACGGAGGAGCAGUCGGUAUUUUUUGUUACUCCUAAGAUCUCUCAGACAUUUACUUUUUCUGACGCUUCUUGCUGUUACGGUUCAGGGGAUAAAACGCCUUCUGCGCUGCUACAUCCUUCAUCAUGGAGCUUAACGUCUCCUUCAGCACCAUAGAGAGAGACCAUAGAGUUGAGUAACUCACUGAGAAGAACAGAGCGUCCCUAUAGAUGUCAUCGGUUUGACCCGGAGGCUCCAGGAAUCUGACGCGAUUAACGAGCCCCGGGGGGGGGGGCGUAUUUUGAUCUCCAGUUGGGUGGACUUGUGUUUUAAAACUCACCCCAUGCCUAGUAUAUUUAGUCUGGGUCUGCCCCCUAUGCGUGAUUAGCCCCAGCCGGGCC